UUAUACACCAUUUUCAAAUUCGUUAAUUGUAUUUACCUGUUGUAGUUAAUUCAUACGUUGUAAUAUAACCACAAAAUGUAUAAUAAAAUCGUCUUAAUAUUUUGUUUUGUGUGUACUUUCAUUACAUACAUUGAUGCAUCAAGCAGUUCAUCGAAUACAGAUCAUGCAAUUAAGUUGUUUAAACUACUCAACAAAGAGACAACAGAUACGAUUAACUUUGAUGAAUUUAAAACUAUGAUGAGUAUACAAAUAAAAUUGAAAGAUGAAGAAUUGUUGGAAAUGUUUAAUAAAUAUAAGUUAAACGAAAAUCAAAAAAUGAGUUUUACGGAAUUUAAUAAAUUCCUGGAUGACACCAUGGAAGGGGAUAUCACAGAAGAUGAUUAUACUGAAGUAUUUAAGGCUUUUGAUAGUAAUAAUGAUGGAAAAAUCUCUGUUGAUGAACUUCAUGUAAUAUUACUUGGAAUUAAUCCUCAUCAAACUAUGAAAAAUACUAAAGACGCUUUAAAUACAUAUGAUAAAGAUGAAAAUGGAUUUAUUUGUCUUGAAGAAUUAAAGGAAGUGUUGAGUGGUAGAAAAAAAAAAGAACAUUAAGAAAAUAUUUUAUCAUCUUAUAUGAUAUUUUUUUUAUGUUAUACAAUACUAAUUAAAAUAAAAUAAAAAUAAUAACGAGAGUUUAAUAUCAAGUAUAAAAAUUAAAUUGUAACACCAGAAAUUUUACUCAAUAUGCAUUUAAAAUGUCUGUAAUCGUUUAGUCUAUACUCUUCUGCUACACAAUAAAAUACUAUUCUACAGAUA